GGCGCAGAGCGGGGCUCGGACCCCCACCUCCUGAAGCGCCCCCCCCACCUCCCCCAGCGGAAAGGGGUCCUGACAGGACAAGAGAGGCAGCUCGAGACUCCGCCCGGGAGGGGCCGCCGGCCGGGGGGCCACCAUGUCCUCCCCCAGCCCGGGCAAGAGGCGGAUGGACACCGACGUGGUCAAGCUUAUUGAAAGUAAACAUGAAGUCACCAUCCUAGGAGGACUCAACGAAUUUGUAGUGAAGUUCUAUGGACCACAAGGAACACCGUACGAAGGUGGCGUGUGGAAAGUUAGAGUGGACCUUCCUGACAAAUACCCCUUCAAAUCCCCAUCUAUAGGAUUCAUGAAUAAAAUUUUCCAUCCCAAUAUUGACGAAGCGUCAGGAACUGUAUGUCUAGAUGUAAUUAAUCAGACUUGGACAGCUCUCUAUGAUCUUACCAAUAUAUUUGAGUCGUUCCUGCCUCAGUUGCUGGCGUACCCCAACCCCAUAGAUCCCCUUAAUGGUGACGCAGCAGCCAUGUACCUUCACCGACCAGAAGAAUACAAACAGAAAAUUAAAGAAUACAUUCAGAAAUAUGCAACAGAGGAAGCGCUAAAAGAGCAGGAAGAAGGCACUGGGGACAGCUCUUCGGAGAGCUCCAUGUCUGACUUUUCAGAGGACGAGGCCCAGGAUAUGGAGUUGUAGUAGAAGCAGCACCCUGCUUUUCAGAGAGACUGACUUCCUAACCACGCGCUGAGAAGCAGACUAUAAUAUUCAUAUUUAAACAAAGCAAUUUUUUAUUACUAAACAAGGUUUUUAUGAAUAAUAGCAUUGAGAUAUAUAUACAUAUAUAUAUAUCACCCUUUAGAUCUUGAUUUCUUUUGGUGAUUUCUCAGAGCCCAAAAGUGCACCGUAGCGCAUUUCCCACAUUCCACUUGGUAGCAAUAUGCAGCCCAGAUGCAUGCGCGGCGUUCCGUUUAUAAUUCCAUUUGAGCAAAGGCAACUUGUGGGCUACUGAACUGUCAACCUAAAAAACAACAACA